CACUUGUCUUCUGGGUGUACAUCAUCUUCUUAUUUUGUCAGCAUGAAUUGCAUACUAAUGCAGGACCUAUAGAAGAGGAUUCGAGACUGCCUGUAAGAGAUACACAACAGUGCAAUUCUUGUGUUAGGAGUCAUUUGGCGUUCCCUACAUUUCACGAAACACCUCACCGGAAAAAAAGGGACAUCGAAGAUUCAACAUUGUUGAUACUGAAAACCUCAAAGAACACAUAUUAUAUCGAAUUACAAUUGAACGAAGAUUUAAAAGAAGUCCCCUUAGUCAAGGAGCAUAAUUCAUCUCAAAAAGAAUAUCACAUGAGCCGAUGUCAUUUUCAUGGCAGAAUAAUUAGCAAGACAAAUGGAAUCGUUGCAAUUUCAACAUGUUCUGGAAAAGAAAGGCUGACAGGCAUGCUGAUAACAGAUGAAGGGAUUUCCUUUUUAUUUCCGAUGACAUUAAAAAAUGUGUCCAAUUCACAGGAGUCUAAACCUCAUCUUUUGGUUCAACAGUCAGAAGAUGUUGCAGACUUUUGUGGCAUCUCUAGUCAAAAUUUAGAUGACAGAUUAGAAGUCACUGAAGAUAUAGAUAUGGAUACGAACCGUGUUAAAAGAGAGACCACAUCACUUGGUAGAAAAAUCAUUGAAUUAGCAGUAUUUAUCGAUUUUGCACUUUACAAAAAAAUUUCUGAAACAUCUAUUGUUACUGCUAGAACAGCUACAAUCAGAAGGGUUCUGAAUAUUUUAAAUCAGAAUUCGCCUGACGACGCAAACGGAAAUGUUGAUAAGUACUUGGAUACUUUUUGUGUUUGGCAAAAAAUGAAAAAUGCUAAGGAGGGUGCAGAAGGGCAUUGGGAUCACGCUAUAAUGAUGAGCGGUUGCAAUUUGAAUUUAAUUUGUAGUUUAAUAACUAUUUUGGCGGGUUUAGAAGACAGAAAUGGCAGCUGGACAAAAAGGAGUGCCGACCAGUAA